CAUUCCAUUCCUCUGCAUCCAAUGUAUAAGAAACACAGAGCUCACAACCUUAAUCAAACAGUAUUCUCAUUUCCACUUUUAACACUGUUUCUGCACUACUAUGGAGCUGCUUAUGCAGUUCUGCUCUUCUCAGGUACUUAGCCACUUAGUGUAGGGAGUUGAAAACGUCGGAAAGGCGCGAUAGAUCCCAGGUUUUUUUUGCAGUGAUUCUAGUAUGGCAACCAAAUCAGACUUUGCACAUAAGCUGCUGCAAGACCUCCGGGGCCGGAAGGAACAGAUAGCUACAGGAAACGAACCAGAUGCAAAUGCAGAGACUGGGCGAUUUUCGCGAGGAUCACAGCAGAAGAUAAAAGCCAUGGAAUCUGAUGGUUCAGAGAUAGGGAACUCACAGCGGUCAAGCAUCAGCAACAGAUCAUUUCAUAUGCAAGAAGCUUCUGGGGAAGUUGCUAAAAUGAACUGUUCAGGCAAUAACCCAAUGCUCAGUUUUCUCCAGAGACUAACCAGUUUCCAGAAGCAUUAUCAUCCUUCAAAUAAUAAUCAAGUUGGGAAGGAGCUCCUGAAAGGGGCCAUGGAUUUGGAAGAGUCCCUCAGAAUGAUUGUAAACCUUCAAGAAGCAUCAGAGUACAUGAAACUCGAAGACGAUGAGGAAGAUACUGCUGCAAAAGUAGCCAACCAGAAGCCACCCCGCGACCUUCCCAGAUUUUCAUUCGAUGAGCCCUGCAGGAAUCCCGACAAGACGGUGGAAACUGAAAUGAAACAGCAAGAAACUGCUAACCGAAAUGAAGCUCAAUCUACAAGAUUGGAGCUCAAGAAUCAGACGAAAGGGAGGCUUUCGAGUGUCAUUGCAAAGCUCAUGGGAUUGGAUGAACUUCCCCAAAGUGCAGAUGCAAAGGCCUUGAGGAGACACUCAACUUCCAAGAGGAAAGAAGGUCUAGUGUUAAAGAAAAUCGCAAAUUCUGAUUCGGUGAACGAGAAGAACAUGCAAUCCAAGAAUGCAAAACCAACUCAAGAAACAUCUGACAGGCUUCUGCUUAACAAUCAACAAAAGCCCAAGGAUAUAAUUGAAGUGGCCGGGGACAACAAUCAGGCAAACCGAAAAGAGCAGCACCUUUCAAAGCAAAAACCGCAGGUCAAUAAACACAAGGGGAGGCAAGCAGAAGCAACAAUUUCACAAACAGUAAGAAACAAGGCACCUAGUUUGAUAGAGAAGCGGCUUCCGGUUAACCAAGCUUCACAUGGUAAGACAAAUGGUACAAAGUCCACCACUGGAAUGCCUCAGAAAGAUCUGCCAAAGAUGAACCAAAAUGCAUUGCCUAAAAAAUUAUCAUCAAGAACAAGGGAGGCCCGAAAAAAGCCUAUCAAGGCGCCAUCUGCAGAGAAGAAGGAAAAUUACUUUCAAAUCCGCAAAAUAGAUGGAUCGAGUAGAAAAGGAACUCCCCAGCAUAUGGAAAGAUCAAUUGGAAAGCAAACUCAAAUAUUCAAAGCGACAGACCAGCUGAGACGCGAUAUGGCCAAACACACUGGCAUAGAAGGCAAAUUGAGUCAAGACAAGCCACAAGAAGCAAAACAAAACACCACCAUGAUCCACAGAUCAGAAGUAAGUAGCAAACCACCAAGCUCAGCUCAAGAAUUGCAGGGUGAAACAAAAGAUUCCAUCUACAUUGCUGGGGAAAAUGAUUGCCAAAACCUGGAACAUCAGAAAAUUUUACCAAAUCAUUCUAGUACUGGAAGCUAUUAUCCCAACAACAAGAACUGUCAAGUUUUCCUAGAUGAACAAGGUAGAUUUGUUCCCACCAAGCUUCCAGAAAAUAAAAAAGGACCCAUGAAGAUCUCUAGUGUUACUAAAAAAGAACCACUGACUGAACCCGAAAAGUGUCUCAAGGAGGUGUUGGUUACCAAUCAACUAUUUCUUAGCACCAUAGAGGCACUCUUCAAGCUCAACAUUCCAACCAGCACCCUUCAGACCAAUGAUCCCAACAGUAAAAGUUCAGAAUUUCAGCUCAAACUACACUGCAGCUAUGAAGUAGUGAAACGAAAAGCGAGAAGACGAAGACUCUCGAACCACCCUUAUGCAAAGAUAUCAUCUAUGGGUUGCAUAAAGGUAAGAUCUUUAGAUGAUCUGGUCAAGCAAUUGUCCAAAGGGUUCGACAUGCUGAACUCUUACUGGUCAAAAGGGAGAGAAAACUGUCGCACUGCAGCAGACUACCUGCAUACCAUGGUUGAGAAAGACAUCCAAAAUAUACAUCCAGAUUUGAACAGCAUGUGGGACUUUGGUUGGGAUACUAUGAUGUCUACAUCCCAAGAAAACGAUGAAAUCAUAAGGGAUGUUGAGAGGCAUCUGCUCAAUGGGCUCCUAGACGAGAUCACACUCGACUUAUUACAGAUUACUCAUGAGAAAUCGGCAUAAUAGUGAACAAGUUAUGUCUUAGAAAUCAAAUUCCGUAAUGAAUAUGUAAGGUUGUACUCUUAUUAUACUUCUCGUUUCUUUAUGCAGUUCUGUUUUUCUUGCUCGUUUCCAAGUAGCUAAAUGAUUACAAUGGUUUUUCCAAGUAGUUGAAGGCUUGUAGACUGAGGAGUUUGCUCUUUUUCUACACCAGUUUGUAUAGUCGAGAAGACAGAAAUGUAGAGGGGAAUUGUUCCCACAUCGGAAAAUAAUGAUAUACUUUCGGCUUUGGGCUUCUAUAUAAUGGGCAAUAUAAGGCCGUAAUAAAGCACGCAGCCACGCGAUGAACACAUAGCGAACUAUUCUUUCGCCUUUUACUAAAGAAUACCGUGUGUUCGUCGCAAAUAGUGGCAUACGCCAUUUUUUGGAGGGUCACCUUUUCUUGAGGAGCCCAA